AUGCUCAUCUCUUCUCUUCUCGUCGCCCUGGCUACCGUAGCCACACCCAUCGCUAUAGCGUCCCCCAUCGACGACACCAUCAAAGAACUCUCACAGCCAGUCGGCAUCGCCUGCGGAAGGGCCACGUGCAUCGGAGAACAAGUCUGCUGCAACCCAACCUGCAGCACGUGUACCGCGCCGGGGAUGAUGUGCACUAUGCAGGACUGCGGCCACCUAUCUGACCCUCCCGCGUUCCCCAAGCCGCCCACCGUCGCCGCCCCCGGCCCGCGACUCUCAAUUAGCAAGGUUAUGACGAGGCCCAACUCCACGAAGCCGGCUCCCUACGCAGCACCCAAGCCCAAGGACGGAGUGGCCUGCGGAAAGAAUACGUGCGCGGCCGAUGAGGUCUGCUGCAAUGCGAGCUGUGGCAUCUGCACUCCACCCAAAGGCGGCUGUAUCAUGAUGUUUUGCCGUGACGGGCAACGUCCUGGCCAGUCGGUUCAUUCUUGA